GAUGUGAGGGGGAGGGAGGUGCGUAUGAGGUAUGAGAAAGCCUGGAAACAGCGAGGAGACUCUGUGUUGCAGCGAAGCAGUUCAAGCAGCAGCAGAAUAUCAGAUAUGGACCCCGGCAAGUCAGCCACUGCCCCUCUGGCAAACUGGAGCCAGCAGCCAGGCGAGAAAUCAGGCGUGGACCCCCAGCCUCCACCCUACCAGGACUACUCAGCUGGAUACAACCCACCCCCAGGAGUCUACCCCAACCAGUCCGGCUACCCCCAGCCCUAUGGAGGAGCCCAGCAGCCCUACCCUGGCCAGCAGCCUUUCCCAGGCCAGCAGCCUUUCCCAGGCCAGCAGCCCUACCCUGGCCAGCAGCCCUACCCAGGCCAGUUCCAGGGUCCAUACACUGACCAGCCCUCGGUCAUGGUCCAGCCCACUGUCUAUGUUACCUCCGGACCCCUGGCUCAGCCCCUGCCUGACUACUUGGGCUACUCCAUCUUCACCAUGCUGUGCUGCUGCUUACCCCUGGGCGUUGCUGCUCUGGUCUACUCCAUAAAUACUCGAACCGCCAACAGGACCGGACACCAGCCUCUAGCUGAGAGUUACUCCCGAAUGGCGCGCACCCUGAACCACACCGCUCUGGGGAUCGGAAUUGCUUUCAUCAGUUUAUACGCCAUCCUGGUAGCCGUCACUGCCUGAGGAUGCUCAAUUUUUCUUUUACUUUCUACUCUUUUUUGGCAUGUUCAUGUAUUUUUCUUUUAUAUAUAAAACGCCUACAGUUGCCUUAACAUUCGCAUGAUUGUUUAGCCUAUAGCCCAUAUUCUACAUUUGUGAUGAAGGUUUAUACAAAAAUCAGUUGAAGAAGUUAAAGUAUGUGAAGUAUACCUCAGUUCAUGUCUGUUAUGUUUCUCAGCAGCGGAUUAUCUGAUUUGUUGUACGUUCAUUGCAUUUCAAAAUAAUUUGCACUUAUAACUGCAGAGUUAUGCAAGAAUUGGUACUUUUGCGUAUGAUUAUUCUGUAUGGUUUUCUCUACUGUUACAGCUUAUAUAAAUCACACUAAUAUACGCUUAUAUGAGCUUAUACGCUGUUCACGUGCGUUUGCUGACAAGCUGGAAGUGGGAUAAGCAUGCAGUAGAGUAAUAUUGUACAAUUUUGCAAAAAUAACAGCUUUAUUAUGCACUACUGGAGAAAACUCUUCUGCAGCUCCACCAAAGUUACACAGUGCAGUAGCAGCAUUUCAGCUCAGAAUGUAAAAGAUAGAGAUGCUAUUUUACCUUUUUUUUUCUCAAUGAUUCACGUGCCUUUGCCUUUCUAUAUAUGUGUAAUGGAUAUAACCAACUACUAACAUACGAUUCGUAAUGCAUGAUAACAGUAAUAGAUAGACAUACGCCAAUAUGGCAGUAUCACACUCUUGCCAACUAAACUAAGAAUCUCUAUAUUUAGCCUUAUUUUCAGCAUAUAUAUAUAUAUAUAUAUAUAUAUAUACAUUUUUCAUUCUCUUUAAAUUGCCUGCAAACAAGCAAAUUAAUCGUUUAAUAUGUAUAAUUACAGAAUUAACAAUAAAAUAAAUACAGUAACAGUAAAACCACUGUAUACAAUGGUUUGUGACACUAUAAUAACCUAAACUGACAGUUUGUGUGCCUUUCCAGCAUUUAUUAUCCAGUCAGUGUACGAGGUUUAAAUGCUUUUGCUGUUAAAUAUAUAUACUAAUUGUAUGCAUAUACUGUAUAUGUACAUGUAAUUUCCCAUGUACCACCCUGUAUGCUGAAUAAAGUCUUUUUUAAUGCA